CUCUUUUCCCACACAAUCUCCACCUCCGGCGCCCUUCCCUUGUACUUGUACUCGCCUCCUCCCUCCUUUUUGGGGCCGUCGUCGAGUUAUUGAUAGAUGCAUUACUUCUCGCAGUCAUUCACCUAUGAUCAUUCAUGGGCACAUGUCAUCAUUGGGAUGUGGCACAAGUAUCCCAACCCACACUGCUCUCAUGUUGUGACUGUCGAUGUCGUAGACCGUUCUGUUGAUCCACGAACUGGUAUCAUCCGCACCGAACGGAUCCUUGGUUGCAAACAGCGAGCACCAGGAUGGAUUGUCAAGCUCUUUGGUGGCUCUGAAGAUGCGUUUGUGCGGGAAAUUUCGUUCGUUGACCCAUCAACACAAUCAACCACAAUAUCAUCUGUAAAUCUCUCAUUAUCGCAAUUCGCGACAUGUUUCGAGAGUAUUCGAUACUCGCCUGCCCCCAAUGGUCGAACACAUUUCCAUCAAACAGCCGAGAUCCAGGCUCGAAUGGCAAUGUGGCGGAGUAUGGCUGACAAGUUAGAAAACUGGUUAGCGCAUCGAUUCGAGCAGAACGCACAGUUGGGCAAGGUCGGGUUCACCGAUGUACUGCGGAACUUAUGGGAGGAAGCGAAGGACUCGCAGCCGGCACGAGUGUCUGCGUAAGAGACGAGUGCUUGUUUCUUGGUUCCAUUCGUGAGGACAGUCUCGUCUCUUUUUAUGGGGUUUCUAUGUGAUGCUUUAGACCUACUUUAUACCGUCGCACCUAGAUUUUUAAAAGCGUCACCACUUGGCGCCCCGCACCUCCGCCCUCCAUACCACGACAUUACGCUACAUUUCAUGUCUUUUUCCCCCGUAGUACAUGAGUUGGAUUUACUUGGGGUGCUUGUCGCCGAUGAUGGAGUCUGUCAUUACAUAUAUAACGCAAUCAUCCAUCGAUCAUAUCUCUC